AUGGAAGGCAAAGACGGUUUCCGUGUCGGCAAAGGCGACAUUGAGCUCCGUAGCGACACGCUCGCCGAUGUACAAGCACAUGGAGGUACCACGUUCGACGCGCGGGAGAUGCAGCGCAUGGGCAAGAAGCAGGAUACGUCACGUCAGCUGAAACGCAACUUUGAACUCUUCUCCAUCAUUGGCUUCAUUAGCAUCCUCCAAGCAACGUGGGAGUCUACGCUGCUGGCAAGCUACAUCGGCUUGGAGAACGGUGGUACGGCUGGUGUAAUCUGGAUGAGUGUUUUGACGUGGCUAUGCUUCAUCGCUAUGAUUGCUAGUAUGGCGGAGAUGGCUUCCAUGGCUCCUACCGCUGGAGGCCAAUACCAUUGGGUCAGCGAGUUCGCACCGCCAACAUGGGAGAAACCUCUCAUACAUCGCAUGGUGCUACUGGUUUACCCGGACGCAAGCGUGGCUUCGAAUUGGCAGACCACGCUCCUCUUGUUUGCGUUUUUGCUGGUGGCAUUCUUGUUCAAACUCUACGCCGCCGACUUUCUACCGCUUGCUGAGGGGGGCAUCUUGAUCUUGCAUGUGGUCGGCUUCUUCGCUUUCCUGAUCACAAUGUGGGCACUUGGCGACCAUGCACCGGCCAGCGAGGUCUUCCUCGAGUUCAACGACGGCGGUGGAUGGGGUAGCAUUGGGCUAAGCGCACUCAUCGGCUUGGGUAGCCCGUUGUGGUUUUUCAUCGGCCCGGAUGCCGGUGCACACAUGAGUGAAGAGCCGAAAGAUGCUUCGUUCACACUUCCUCGCGCUAUGAUAUGGUCGCUGAUAGCGAAUGGCAUCCUCGGCUUGAUCACGCUCGUCACUUUUUGCUUCUGCAUCAACGACCUUGACUCAGUCCUCGACACACCCACAUGGCAGCCGGACCUAGCCGUCAUCUACAACAUCUCGGGCUCUUAUGCCGCAGCCUGCGUCCUCGGCUCCCUGCUCACCUUCCUGCAACUCUUCGGCAUGAUCAGCAAUAUUGCCACUGCAUUACGUCAAUGCUGGUCCUUCGCUAGAGAUCGCGGCUUUCGUUACAGCGAUUGGAUCAAGCACGUCGACCCAAAACGCCAGCUCCCACUCAACUCCCUCUACGUCUGCGCUGGCGCCAGCUUCGUCUUUGCAUGCAUCAAUUUCGGUACCGACGUGGCGCUGGAUGCCAUCCUGUCCGUCUCGAACGCAGCCCUCAUCUUCUCCUACUUCACCAGCGUGGGCUGCAUCCGCCUCAAGCGUCUCCGCGGCGAGCCGCUCGUAGGCUGCCGCUGGAGCCUGGGGAAAUGGAGCGGGCCGCUGAAUGACCUGAGCCUGGCGUUCUUGGCUCUCAGCUUUGUGUUCUCGUUCUUCCCUUCGGCGCCGCUGAGGGGUGAUCCGACAGCCGCGGCGGACAUGAACUGGGCUAUUGUGCUGUUUGGGGCUACGUGCAUACUCUCUGGGCUUUACUACUGGGUUAGGGGAAGGCAUGUGUACGUGCCGCCUGUUAGGCUGGUGAAGAAUGACUGA